UGGCUAUCCGCAACUCGUUGUCCAGACUAUUAACCAAAUCCACAGUACCCAGGAAAUGGAGCACCUUCUGGCCCACUAGGAUAGCCAGCAUAGCAGCCGUUACACUCAGGCCCAUCUCUACUCCAGAACCUCGGCUCUGGACCCCUGGAUGGAUUCUUUCCGAUUAAUCGAAUAUUGAGGGAUGCGUGAUACCAGCCACAGCGAGUCCAAAGCUCAGGUUGCAUAAGCUUAAGCGUCCUCCCAGAGAGAAUGAGAGAGUAACAGCCGGCUUCUGCGCCUGUGCUCUUCCCGGGUAACAGUUCCCUCGUCCUUCGUCCUGUGUUCCUUCGUCCAUCGGUCACGGUGCUUAUCUUGUACUUUUGGCCCCGGCCUUAUCCCAGGCUUUUGCUAUCGCAACUAAACUGAACCGAAAUCCACAACUACAAAUAUUGGGACACGGAGCCGGGGAGCCAGAUGAAGCUGUGUGACUGUGAUUAAAAAUCAGGCAUCCCGGGAUUCCGGAUGCUGUGUGGUAGCCGUGGGCCGAGCUAGCAAUGGUAUGCAAGGGAACCAGAUGCACCAGAGCCAUCGUCAUUGCCACCUCCCGCGUAACGGUAUAUAUCACUCGGUCUAGUCAUGUUUGUGAUGAGCAUCUGGUGCAGCAGCCUCAGCCUGAGCAGCCGCAGCCUGGCCAUUGCCAUGGUGGCCUGCGUCGCCCUGCUCUACUUCUCCUAUAGCUUCAAUGUCUGCCUCCUGGCGAGCAUCAGUCGCUGCUUGCAGCAGAGCAACAUUCGCAAUCUCCUGGCGCUAUCCUCCUCCACCCACAACGAGAGCACUGAAUCGGGUGGCAGCAGCAACGGGAGUACCAGCAGCGGUAACAGCUCCACGACCAGCACGAGAGGACCUCCGGUUCAGACUGUGACCGUUCAGACUGGUGGUAGUCUAAAUGGAGCGGCGCCCAAAUAUCAGAUGCUGCGGCCACAGGGACUCCGGCCAUCGCGCCACCUGCCCGACACCCUCAUCAUUGGCGUAAAGAAGAGCGGAACCCGAGCGCUAUUGGAGUUUAUCCGAUUGCAUCCGGAUGUGCGAGCCGCCGGCUCCGAGGUGCAUUUCUUCGAUAGGCACUACCAGAGGGGUUUGCGCUGGUAUCGCCAUCACAUGCCCUAUACCAUCGAGGGACAGAUCACCAUGGAGAAGACGCCCAGCUACUUUGUUACCAAGGAGGUGCCGCAGCGUGUCUACCACAUGAAUCCGGAAACUAAACUGCUGAUCGUGGUGCGGGAUCCGGUGACGCGGGCCAUCUCUGACUACACGCAGGCGGCCAGCAAGAAGGCGGAUAUGAAGCGUUUCGAGCAGCUGGCCUUCGUCAACGGCAGCUACUCGAUGGUGGACACUAACUGGGGCCCCGUGAAGAUCGGUGUGUAUGCCCGCCACCUGGAGCGCUGGCUCCUCUACUUCCCCCUGUCGCAAUUGCUCUUUAUCAGCGGCGAGCGACUGAUUAUGGAUCCCGCCUAUGAGAUCGGCCGCGUCCAGGACUUUUUGGGACUGAAGCGCGUCGUCACCGAAAAGCACUUUUACUUUAAUGCCACCAAGGGCUUUCCCUGCCUGUUCAAGUCGGAGGCCCGCUCCACGCCCCACUGCCUGGGUAAGACCAAGGGACGCAAUCAUCCGCACAUCGAUUCGGGGGCCAUCGAGCGACUGCGUGACUUUUAUCGGCCCUUCAACGACAGGUUCUACCAGCUGACGGGCAUUAACUUUGCGUGGCCCUGAAAGGAGCCUAGGAUCAUGAAGGCCAGUCACAAGGAGAAUUGACCUGCGGAUCCAUACAAUUAAAAUGCAGCUAUAGAAAAAAAAACAAAACGAGAAGUUGUGGACUGAUAUUGUUGAAUGCAUUUUUUAUACAUACAUAUUAUUAUUGUACUUACAUACAUAUAUAUACAUAUAUAAAAGACACACACUUAGGAUUAGCGAUCAGAUAUAAUUGUAGCUUUAUGAGGACAAAGAUACAUAACGGUUCCUUUCUUCUACUCGAAAUUGAAAAGCUUCAAAGUCAAGUCACUUUCACCAUUUCACACACUAAUCUCUCUCUCUCACUACUCGAAGGGCAAACGCUGUACUGAACGUGCUAUAUAUACUAUAUAUACGUAUACCUAGAUAACCGUAAUUCUUGAAAUGCAAUUAUUUACAUACAUACAUACCUAUAUAGUGUGAACCAAUAGAGCUUACAACGAAAUUCCUACAGCCUCGCAGCAUCCGCAGUUUCCGUAAGAUUAAACACAACACAACAAACAUAAAUGCAUACAUUACGUACAUACAUAUGACGACUAUAUAAUAUGUAGUUUCCAAUGUUUUCAAUUGCAUGACUUAACCUAUGUAAUUGCUUAGCUAAUUUCAAUCAAAAAAACAACCUAAAUAAAACGAUUUUAGC